CUGAUUGGCGGGUAGCUGAGUUGCUGGGGCUAAAUCCUGCAAUGAUUUUUGCGCCAGGAGCGUUUCGUCGCAUUUCUCCGGCCAUUGCGACGCCUCCUAUCAUCGGCCGGGGUAAGGAGCACUGGUUCGUGUCAAUGUGUCCACUGCCAACGGGCACAUCCCCGACAGCCAUGGCCCGUGGACGGCACGUCUGUCCCCGGUUGAUCCCACUCCCCUAUAAAGGGGAGGAGAUCGCCACUGUGGUCCGACCUGAAUUCAGCAGAUCAUUCCUUCAAUUGCAUCCUGCGCUGUUUCGCCGAUCUCAAAAUGUUCUUUGUCAGAGAGUUGGGGGCUGUCGCAGCCCUGUCCAUGCUGGCCCAUGCUGCCCCUGCUCCGGUGCAGCGCAGGGACAUCACCUCUGCCCUGUUGGACAAGAUCGACCUGUUCGCUCAGUACAGCGCAGCUGCCUACUGUUCGUCCAACAUCGAGUCCACUGGCACGACGCUGACCUGCUCCGUGGGCAAUUGCCCUCUGGUCGAAGCCGCAGGUGCCACGACCAUCGAUGAGUUCGACGAGACCAGCGACUACGGUGACCCGACCGGGUUCAUCGCCAUCGACCCAACGAACGACUACAUCGUUCUUUCCUUCCGCGGCAGCUCCGACCUCUCCAACUGGAUCGCCGACCUGGACUUCGGCCUCACCUCGGUGAGCGACAUCUGCUCCGGCUGCGAAAUGCACAAGGGAUUCCUCGAGGCCUGGGAGAAUAUCUCCACGACCAUCACCUCGAAGGUGGAGGCUGCGGUGGCGGAAUACCCGGAUUACACUCUCGCCAUCACGGGCCACAGCUACGGCGCUGCACUGGCCGCUGUCGCCGCCACCGUGUUCCGUAACGCGGGCUACACUGUUGAACUGUACAACUACGGCCAACCCCGCAUCGGUAACCUCGCCUUGGCCGAAUACAUCACGAACCAAGACAUGGGGGGUAACUACCGUGUCACGCACACCGACGAUAUCGUCCCCAAGCUUCCUCCUAAGUUGCUGGGAUACCACCACUUCAGCCCGGAGUACUGGAUCACCAGUGGUAAUGAUGUGACGGUGACGGUGGAUGAUGUCGAGGAGAUUGUGGGCAUUGAUUCGACUGAUGGUAACGAUGGUACGUUGCUGGAUAGCACGACGGCUCAUCGGUGGUAUACCAUCUAUAUCAGUGAGUGUUCUUAAACCACUACUCACUUACUCACGGUCUGGGUUGCACAUAUGGUGGGAUGAGAUGAGUUGUAUAUAUGAUUUAGUUAUGGUUAUGAUAAUAAUAAUCCCAUCUUAACGAGUG